AUGAGUCCAGGCGUGCCGGCCCCCCGGCCCCUGACACUCGUGGGUACUACUGAAAAAGAGGACAACAUGGCUCUGACUAGCACCAUGCCCAUGGGCCCAUGGAAGAUCACUGUGUACGAUCAGGAGUACUUCCAGGGCAGGCGUAUGGAGUUCACUGCCUGCUGCCAGAACAUCAUGGAGUGUGGGAUGGAGAACAUCCGCUCCCUGAAGGUCGAGUGUGGCGCCUGGGUGGGCUACGAGCACUCCAGCUUCUGCGGCCAGCAGUUCAUCUUGGAGAAGGGAGACUACCCCCGCUUUGAGGCCUACAGCGGCAGCAACUCCUAUCGCAUCGAGAGAAUGAUCUCUUUCAGGCCCGUUUGCUGCGCUAACCACAAGGAUUCUCGCAUGACCAUCUUUGAGAUGGAGAACAUGAUGGGCCGUCAGUUUGAGCUGUGUGAUGACUAUCCCUCUCUGCAGGCCAUGGGCUGGAUGAACAAUGAGGUUGGAUCCAUGCACAUCCAGUGUGGAGCCUUUGUGUGCUAUCAGUACCCUGGUUACCGUGGCCACCAGUACAUCAUGGAGUGUGACUGUCGCGGAGGAGAGUACAAGUGUUACCGUGAGUUUGGCUCCCAUGCCCAGACUCCCCAGAUUCAGUCCAUCAGGAGGAUCCAGCACUGAGAGGGAAGCGCCUCCUCCACUCCUCCUCCUGCACUUCCAUCCCUGCUUCCUCUUCCCUCCUUCCGGCAAAUCCAUCUCCCCGGCUCAUUUGGUCCAGUUGGUUGAAAGCAGGAUCCUGAACUGGACUUCAGGUGCUCACCUCAGUGGUUCACUGCACUUUUAAGUUUUUUUUUUUUUAAUGAAACAUCAUUAAGAAAUGAAAAAUGUGAAAAGACAGAAAACAGGAAUGACAGAAUUGAGAGAAAAUCAGUGAAACAGAGAAACCUUGUUUACUAAGGUUUGCUACAGAACAGUGAAAACACCGUAGACUUUUUUUUUGCUCUUUUUCAUCUCUUCCAUUGAUGGCACCAUCAUCGUCAUUGUCUUCUACAUCAACACAACCACCAGUCUUGCUGUUAUUGUGAUAUUCAUGACUGACCCAUGUUCAAGACAAUGAAUAAAGAGAAUGAGCAAAGAGACAGAGAGAUUCACAAUAAUGACAUGUAAUUCAAUUACAUCUGUGUCUUCUUUUUCUUUACUUCUUUCUCUACUGCUGGUUCACAUUACAAUCAGAAGAAUGCACAAUAUAUUUAUUUGGCAAAUUCCUCAGACAAAAAGUUGAGUUUAAAAUCCCAAAUAAAGAUAAAGUCCUGAAAAUCCGAAAGGAAAAGCUGUCAAAAAUUAUCUGUCAGGAUGAAAUGGGGAAAGGUAAAAAAAGCAUAUAGAAUAUCUGCACUAGUUCAUCAGAUUUACUCAGCAGAUGAUCUUAUCCAAAUAUAAAAAAAGGAAAUACAUGAAGGAAAACUACUGCCACCUCAUGAAUAAGUUUGAUAAGACUGAAAAACACAGUGUACCAUGAAGUAAACCACUGUCAAGCAUUGUAGGAUUUAGUGAUUUGUCAUUCUUAAGGCUACCUUAGCCGGAAUACAAAAGAACAAUCUGCUAACAAAGUCUGCUAAUCAAUAACGUUUUUCUUUUCAUAAAACAUUCAAAAGUUAAAGACUAUGAAAGAUUGUUAAACCAAAGAAAGAUAAGAAUGUUUUAAAUGGGUUUUAUUUUUUGGAAAAGAAUGUCUAAAAAAAAAGAGAUCCAGCUUAGAAUUUUCAGUGCUGAUGCAAACAUAUACUGAGAAAAAAA